AUGAACCGCGCAAAAACGUACUUUGCAGUUUUCUCCAUUCCACGUAGCGCAGAUACCAGAAGAGAUCGCAGACGAGCCGCGAACGGAAACGGCAAAGCAGCGGCGACGGCGACGGCGACGGCCGGCACUUCUAGUGCGCGGAACUUCGGCAAGCGUCGACGCAUCGACGUGCGCGCCACGAAUCCGUUCAUCAUUUUCUUCCUGCGGCUGCGUAGCCGAAAGCCGAAGGAACCGGUCACCGUGGUGGCGCGGGCCGCGGGCAAGCUGUGGGGCCGCAUGUCGGCCGAGCAGCGAAAGAAAUACGUGGACCUCGCGAACGAGGAGAAGAAGCGCCGGCAGGAGCGCAAACGACGGAGAAGGCACUCGGCCGCGCGCUCCAGGAUGAAGUAGCGGGUGUGAAGCUGCGGAGGAGGUGCGAGCCUCGGCUGCGGAAAAUCGCGGACGAUUCUGCGCCUGUCGUCGGCGUGUGCUAUGCGUAGUACUACGCGCGUACUCGCACUUAUCAUCAUCAUCACUCUCGCUGUGUGACAUCUGCAAAUGACCAGAGCUCG